AUGGGAGGCGGCGGAUCCAAGGAAGAAGGGAUAGAGGAUUUCAAGGGAGAGCUGAGAAAGACGCUAGACGGUCACAAAGACACCGUCACGUGCUGCACCUUCUCCCCAGACGGCAAGUUGCUGGCCACGAGCUCAGCGGACCACUCAAUCCUCGUCUGGGACACGACUUCAUUCCGAGUUAGGGGCCACCUGAAGAGCCACUCGGGAGAGGUGACGGCAGUAAGUUUCUCUCACGACAGCACGUUCCUCCUCUCCUGUGGUAGAGAUAGUCGUGUGAUCCUCUGGGACCCGCGGGCUGGGAAACUGCUGCAGAAAUCCAGGAAACAUAAGGGAGCGGUUCUUCACUGCUCAUUUUCUCCAGACGACGCUCUGGUGUUUGCCACGGCAUCAGACGACGAGACUGCGGGACUGUGGAGCAUUCAGGGACCCAAGAUGGAGCGGCGAGAGCUAACCGGACACCGAGGAGUCGUGUUUCAGGCCAACUUCUCUCCGGACAAGAUCUUGUUGGCGACGUGCGGAAACGACAGAAAGAUUCUACUCUGGAACAGAAGCUCAGGGAAAAGAGUCAGCAAACUAAAGGACCCGUACAGUCGAGUACUGAGCUGUCAUUUUUCACCAGACGGAACACUUCUGGCGGCCAUUGUGGACGGAGAGAGAGUGAGAAUUUGGAAUACUAUGCGUGGGGAAGUUGUGAACGUUCUAGAAGGGCACCACAUCCAGCCAAUAGUGUGCUGUGCCUUCAGCCCAGACGGUCGGGCGCUGGUGACUGGAGCGGGGGACAAGACGUAUGCCAUGUGGGAUGUGAGGGAGACACAGUCUCUGCCAUUCUACCACACCAAGGCCCACGACAGCUGGGUUCAGUCUGUCGCAUUCUCUCCCGACAUGAAAUACCUCGCAACUGGCAGCAGUGACAAACUAGUGAAAAUCUGGAAAUAA